AUGAAUUGCAUCGAAGCUACAGCUAGCAAGGAUGUUUGGUGUGGCCCUGGAAUUGGGUUUUCAACUGAUGCUGCUGCUUCUGCAUCCAUGGAUUGUGCUGUGGCUAGGAAGAAUGUGUCUGCAAGAGGAAACCUUGAUGUGGUGGAGAGGGAGAGUUCAUCUUACUUUGGAAGGCGCCUUGUAAAUUCAGAAAGCUUCUCUUUUCUGAAUGAUGAAUUUGAUAUCUUCACAACUCGUCCUGGUUUAGACACAACUGCUAGAUUUCCACGUCCUUCUCCGGAUGAUCUCGCUGAGAUAAUGAUAAUGCGAGGAAGAAUGAUAAUGGGGGCACGAUUAAACUCACACGACCGAUUCAGAGAUUGGAGACUUGAUGUUGAUAACAUGUCAUACGAGCAAUUGCUUGAGCUGGGUGAGAGAAUAGGUCAUGUCAGCACUGGGCUCAAAGAAGAUGAGAUGAGACUCAACAUAAGGAAAGUUAAACUUUCAAGUUCAAAUGAGGCAGCAAAGCAUCCAGUAGACAAAAAUUGCAGUGUUUGUCAGGAGGAGUAUGAACCAAAUGAUGAACUGGGGAGAUUGAAGUGUGACCACAGCUAUCAUUUUCAGUGUAUAAAACAGUGGCUUGUGCAUAAAAACUUCUGCCCAGUUUGUAAGCAAGAAGUUGUGGUUCGACACUAA